AUUUCAUGUACCUUACUAUAAGACGGUUGCGAGGUACAUGCAAAUAUUGGGACAAGAUCCACAUCACAAAACUAGCACUAGAAAUAUCAUUGUAAUUAUAAUGGUAGCUAGUGUUGCAAGCAUCUUUUUUCCAACGACAAUAGAAAUAUAUGCGUCGUUGCGUAACAAGGACAUUGAUGGAGUGCUUGAGUGUCUACCACAGAUCAUCGCAACUUCAAUCACCUGCGUUAAAAUAUUGAAUAUGCAUUUCAACAGGCAAAAUUUUAACAAAUUAUACCAAAUGGUGGCGAAACAAUGGGUGCAGUUGAAAUUAAACGGCGAAUUGCACGUUCUAGAAGAGAUUGUCAUGCAAGGCAACAAAAUAGCACAAUUUUAUCAACAUACCUUAUUAAUUUUUUUCUCACUGUUCUUGCUGAUCCCUCUAAUUUCUCCCGUUCUGGAUAUCAUCCAUCCAUUAAAUGAAACUCGAACACGACAACAACUACUUAGAGUUAAUUACAUAUUUUUUAACAACGAUGAUUAUUUUUUUUACGUGUAUUUGCACUUAUCGUGGGGUGCAAUCAUUGUUUUAGUCACUGUAGUUGGUGCAGACUGGAUAUAUAUGCUAAUAAUACAUCAUAGCAGUGGAUUAUUUGCAGUGUGUGGGCAUCAAGUCCAGAAAGCAACCACGAAUCUAAAUUAUUUUACUGAUGAACGUGUUUUGGAGAAUAACAUGUAUGAAAACUUUCGAAAUUGCAUACGUAUCCACAAGGAAGCUAUAAGAUUUUUCAAUAUACUGAACGAAUCCAGUCAACGGAGUUAUAUGUUUCAAAUCGGAUUGAGUAUGUUGAGCAUAAGCACGACGGCUGUUAAAACGGCAUUAAACUUUAAUAAACCGGAAGAAGCAAUGCGAAGUGCUGUAUUUUGUGGAGCUAAUCAAUUUCAUUUAUUUUUAUUAAGUUUACCUGGCCAGGUGUUACUGGACAAUUGUUUUAAUUUAACAGAUGAUAUAUACGCCUCUGCAUGGUACAACACACCAGUGAAGAUUCAAAAAUUACUAUACGUAAUGCAAAUAAGGUGCAAAAAGGUCUGUUCGUUGUCAGCAGGUGGACUCUAUGAAAUGAAUAUAGAAAAUUUCGGGAUAACUUUCAAAACAUGCAUAUCGUAUAUCACAAUGAUGAUGUCGCUGAGAGACUAAAUUUACUAAUUUCACCAAUGUAAUGUCAUCCAAAGUUCCCCUAUUUUAUCAAAAAUAUAACUAGGAUGACAAACAGACAACAUGAAAUAUUGAACAUCUUGCACGAAUUUGACAUGCAAAUAA